UUCCUUCCCUUUCCGGUGGGCGGGGUUUCGCCUCCCGGUCGGCUCUCCGUGAUUCCGAUCCCAGGAAGAGGGGCAAACAUACAGAAGGGGAGGAAAGGUGGGCGGCUAUGCUAAGGGCCGCUUCCGCUCUGCAGGAUCUGGUUAGCGACACUUGGCGAGCUUGAGGAGGAGAGGCCCGAAGCUAGUGGGUGCCGUGUGAGGGGAGAAGGUACUGGGCAGGGUCGGGGGGCACGGCUCGGUUCAUGGACCCCCUGGGGCCUGGAAACCACACGGUGUCUGGAGCCCCCUAACAUGUCGGGAUAAUCCCUGAGGAGAGAGGCGGCCGCACCCACAGGAUAAGAGGCCAUUAUACCGCGCGGAGGUCCCCAUACCGUGCGGGAGGAUUACUCGGCUGCCUGGUGUUAUUUUAAUCUAGCGCUUUACUCGCCUGAAGAUGUCGGCCAAGGUGCGGCUGAAGAAGCUGGAGCAGCUGCUCCUGGAUGGGCCCCAGAGGAAUGAGGGGGCCCUGAGUGUGGAGACCCUGCUGGAUGUGCUCAUCUGUCUGUACACGGAGUGCAGCAGCUCCACGCUGCGCAGGGACAAGUAUGUCAGCGAGUUCCUCGAGUGGGCCAAACCGUUCACGCACACGCUGAAAGGGAUGCAGCUUCACCGCGAGGACUUUGAAAUCAUAAAGGUUAUCGGAAGAGGGGCGUUUGGAGAGGUGGCGGUGGUUCGGAUGAAAAGCACGGAGCGGAUAUACGCGAUGAAGAUCCUGAACAAAUGGGAAAUGCUUAAGAGAGCAGAAACAGCGUGUUUUCGAGAAGAGCGGAACGUGUUGGUAAACGGCGACUGCCAGUGGAUUACCACGUUACACUACGCCUUUCAGGACGAGAAUUAUCUGUACCUAGUCAUGGAUUACUACGUAGGGGGGGACUUGCUGACGCUUCUCAGUAAAUUUGAAGACCGUCUACCCGAAGACAUGGCUAAAUUUUACCUCGCCGAGAUGGUGCUGGCCAUCCAUUCCAUUCAUCAGCUGCAUUACGUGCACAGAGAUAUAAAGCCUGAUAACGUCCUCCUAGACAUGAACGGACACAUCCGCCUAGCAGACUUUGGCUCGUGUCUAAAGAUGAACGAUGAUGGAACUGUACAAUCAUCGGUCGCGGUUGGGACACCUGACUAUAUCUCGCCCGAGAUCCUGCAAGCCAUGGAGGAUGGAAUGGGCAAAUACGGCCCCGAGUGCGAUUGGUGGUCCCUGGGGGUCUGCAUGUAUGAAAUGUUAUAUGGAGAAACCCCGUUCUACGCAGAGUCUCUCGUGGAGACCUACGGAAAGAUCAUGAAUCAUGAGGAAAGGUUUCAGUUCCCCUCUCAUCUUGGGGACAUCUCCGAAUACGCCAAGGAUCUCAUCCAGCGGCUGAUCUGUAGCCGGGAGCGCAGACUUGGGCAGAACGGGAUAGGCGAUUUUAAAACGCACCCGUUUUUCGAGGGAAUUGAUUGGGAAAACAUCAGGAACAUGGAGGCUCCGUACAUUCCCGAUGUCAGCAGUCCGUCCGACACGUCAAAUUUUGAUGUCGACGAUGACGUUCUUAGGAAUCCUGAAAUGGUGCCCCACAGUACUCACAGCGGCUUUUCAGGAUUCCACUUACCUUUUGUAGGAUUCACCUACACCACCGACAGCUGUUUUUCGGACCGAGGCUGUUUGAGAGACUUCAUUCAUUCUAACGCUGUGACCAAAGACGAGGACGUUCAGCGAGGGGUGGAGAACAGCCUGCAGAUCGAUGCCUAUGAGCGAAGGAUUCGGCGCCUUGAGCAGGAGAAACUGGAACUCAACCGAAAGCUUCAAGAAUCCACACAAGCGGUUCAGUCUCUUCAAGGUUCGUCUCGAUCAACCGGGACCCUAAACAGGGAGAAGGAGAUCAGAAAACUGAAUGAGGAAAUUGAACGUUUGAAAAACAAAUUAUCAGAUUCAAGCCGGCUGGAGAGGCAGCUCGAGGAUGCGGUGGCUCUCCGACAACAGCUUGAUGAUUCUACCAUCAAAAUGAAAGGACUCGAGAAGCAGCUUAGAACCUUAAAGCAAGAAAGGGAUGACCUCCAUAAGCAACUGGCUGACGCUCAGGAGAGGCUGAAGUCGCAGACCAAGGAGCUGAAGGACGCCCACCAGCAGAGAAAGCUCGCCCUGCAGGAGUUUUCCGAGCUCAACGAAAGGAUGGCCGAGCUCCGCUCCCAAAAACAGAAGCUGUCCCGCCAGCUACGGGACAAAGAGGAGGAACUGGAAGUAGUCACGCAGAAAAUCGACUCCAUGCGCCAGGACAUUCGGAAAUCCGAGAAAGCCAGGAAGGAGUUGGAAACUCAGCUUGAAGAUGCCGCUGCCGAGGCCUCGAAGGAACGGAAGCUGCGCGAACAUAGCGAAAACUUCUCCAAGCAGCUGGAAAGAGAACUGGAAGCUCUCAAGGUAAAGCAAGGAGGACGUACCCCCGGGGUCACGUUGGAGCACCAGCAGGAACUGUCUAAGAUGAAGUCCGAGCUAGAGAAAAAAAUCUUGUACUUCGAAGAGGAGCUGUUGAGGAGGGAUACGUCUCAUUCCUUAGAGAUCAAGAACCUAAAAAAGGGAAUCCAUGACUCUGAGAGCCAGCAGCUCGCCCUGCAGAAAGAGAUUCUCAUACUGAAAGAUAAACUGGAGAAGACGAGGAGAGAAAGGCAAAGUGAGCUGGAGGAAGCCGUGGGAACGGUGAAAGAAAAAUAUGAGCGAGAGAGGGGCAUUAUUUUCGAAGAGAAUAAGAAACUUUCUACAGAAUCGGAAAAGCUCUCUUCUUUAGUGGAUAAACUGCGCUCGCAAAACAGACAGUUGGAAGACGAGCUGCAAGAUCUGACGGCCAAAAAGGAAUCCGUCGCGCACUGGGAAGCCCAGAUCGCUGAAAUCAUUCAGUGGGUAAGCGAUGAGAAAGAUGCCCGGGGUUAUCUCCAAGCACUAGCUUCUAAAAUGACCGAGGAACUUGAGUCACUGAGGAGCUUCAGUCUGGGACCGCGGACUCUGGAUCCGCUCUGGAAGGUGCGUCGCAGCCAGAAGCUCGACAUGUCUGCUCGUCUGGAGCUGCAGUCCGCACUCGACGCGGAGAUUCGAGCCAAGCAAGUGGUCCAAGAAGAGCUGAGGAAGGCAAAGGAUGCAAAUAUCUCUUUUGAAAGCAAACUGAAAGACGCCGAAUUGAAAAACGUAGAGCUCUUGGAGGAAAUGGAGAGCUUGAAAAAGAAGUUGGAAGAAAAGCUAAGAGAAGAUAGCGGACUGAAACUUCCCGACUUCCAAGAGUCCAUAUUUGAGUAUUUUAACACUUCUCCUCUGCCGCAUGAACUUUCACUUAGGACCAGCACUAUUAUUGAACAAGAUCUCCCUUCGUUCAAACCUGACGUCUCCCCAUCUCUGUCUGUCCCUUCAGCCCACGAGCAACCGCAAGAGCCUAAAGCUCACCAGCUUGCAAUAAAGACCUUUGCGAGCCCCACUCAGUGUACCCAUUGCACAUCACUCAUGGUUGGAUUAGUCCGACAAGGCUAUGCGUGCGAAGUGUGUCCUUUUGCUUGUCACGUUUCCUGUAAAGACAGUUCCCCUCAGGUAUGUCCUAUUCCCCCCGAGCAAGCCAAAAGACCACUUGGCGUGGAUGUACAGAGAGGAAUAGGGACUGCGUACAAGGGCUACGUGAGGAUACCGAAACCAACGGGAGUCAAAAAGGGCUGGCAAAGAGCGUACGCCGUGGUCUGCGACUGUAAGCUUUUUCUGUACGACGUCCCGGAAGGAAAGUCUACCCAGCCUGGGGUGAUUGCCAGCCAAGUGGUAGAUCUCAGAGAUGAAGACUUUUCCGUGAGUUCCGUCUUGGCAUCCGAUGUGAUCCACGCCACCCGCAAGGACAUUCCAUGCAUAUUUCGGGUGACGGCCUCUCUUCUAGGCGCACCUUCCAAGGCCACGACGUCGCUCCUUAUCCUAACGGAGAGCGAGGCCGAGAAGAGGAAAUGGGUCGGGAUUCUGGAAGGCCUGCAGUCCAUCUUACAGAAGAACAAUCUCAGAAACACGAUGGUGCAUUGUCCGCAGGAGGCGUACGACAGCACUUUGCCCCUUAUUAAAGCAGUUGUUGCGGCUGCUGUCGUAGAUCGAGACCGAAUUGCCGUGGGCACCGAAGAAGGACUCUACGUAAUAGAGGUUACAAGAGACGUGAUAGUCCGUGCCGCCGACUGUAAGAAGGUGUACCAGAUCGAAUUGGUCCCAAAAGAGAAGAUCGUUGUCCUUGUGUGCGGCCGCAACCACCACGUUCACCUGUUUCCUUGGUCCGCGCUGGACGGCUCGGAAGGCAGCUUUGACAUAAAGCUUCCGGAAUCCAAGGGCUGCCAGUUCAUCGCCACCGGAACGCUAAAGAAAACGUCCACGUCUUGCUUGUUUGUGGCCGUCAAGCGGCAGAUUCUUUGUUACGAAAUCCACAGAACUAAACCAUACCACAAGAAGUUUAACGAGAUCUCGGCUCCGGGAAAUGUUCAGUGGAUGGCGGUAUUUAAAGACCGGCUUUGCGUUGGCUACCAGUCCGGCUUCUCGCUAUUAAACGUCCACGGAGAAGGGCAACCUGUGAACCUUGUGAAUCCUAGCGAUCCCUCCCUCGGGUUCCUGUCCCAGCAGUCCUUCGAUGCCCUGUGCGCUGUAGAGAUCAGCAACGACGAAUACUUGCUGUGCUUCAGUCAGAUGGGAGUUUAUGUGGAUUCGCAGGGCAGGCGGACGCGCUUGCAGGAGCUGAUGUGGCCGGCCACCCCUAUUGCUUGCAGCUGCAGCUCCUCUUAUGUCACCGUAUACAGCGAGUACGGCAUCGACGUGUUUGAUGUGGCCUCUAUGGAAUGGGUUCAGACUAUCGGAUUGCGACGGAUCAAGCCGUUAAACGUGGAAGGUACUCUGAACCUGCUGAAUUCCGAGCCCCCGCGUCUCCUGUAUUUGAAGAGCACAUAUUCAGAGGGCCCCUUCCUUAGCGUCCCAGAAACAUCCGAUAACAGCAAAAAGCAGAUGGUGAGAACGAGGAGCAAGAGAAGAUUCGUAUUCAAGGUGCCCGAAGAGGAGAGGCUGCUGCAAAGGAGGGAAAUGUUGAGAGAUCCGGAAUUAAGAUCUAGAAUGAUAUCGAAUCCCACCAACUUCAACCACGUUGCCCACAUGGGACCAGGGGAUGGGAUGCAAGCACUCAUGGAUCUGCCUUUGAGCGUCUUGCCGCCCAGUCAAGAUGAAGCCUCUCGAGAAAGGCAGCGCCCCCCUUCAACCAACCUGGCUCGGCAGCAACAGCAGAGGAGCAAAUCCUACAUCUCACGGCCUUCUUCAGGUGCUGGAGAAUUGCCCUCGCGGAGCAUAGACCCUGACCAGGAUCUGGACAGAGAGCCGGAUUCAGACUCCACAAAACAUUCCACUCCAUCCAACAGCUCAAACCCAAGCGGACCCCCAAGCCCCAACUCCCCACACCGAAAUCAGCUGACGUUGGACGGUAUGGACCAAUCAGCCUGCGACGCAUAGCGCUCUCUCCACGCCAGGACUUCAAAGCAUCAUCGAUCCCUGACCUACGGGGAAGGAGACGUCCGUUCCUUAAGAUAGUGCCAAGACGAGACAUCUCUAGUGUUGCACAAAUCCUAAGCCCCCCCCUGUUGUAGAUACAGUAAAAGUUAAAAACAACAAAAAAAAGUAGAAAAAAAGGGUAUAAUAUAUGUGAUCAAGCUUUUUAUAUGCAAAAGAAUUCACUGUUUCUUAUAUUGAUUCUGUUCUCUUUUGUUUUACUAUAGAGAGACAAAAAGAUAGGAUGUUUUUUUUUGUUUUGUUUUUAUUUUAAAUGUCACCUUUUUUUAUGAUGCUGCUAGUUCUGGGGGG